AUGGCAAUACCGGUCGCUCACAUCUACAAGGACGAGCGGCUACGCAACAUUCUGUUCCUGCUUGCACUGAACUUCGCAGUGACGCCCUUCGGCUCAAUCACCCAUGCUUGGCUGGCGCGCGAGCUCCGCUUCGGCUCCAUGGCCGUCAUUCAAUUCAGCAAUACGGCUGCAAAUGCCACGGUUUCCAUCGGCUUGGCUUGGUCGGGCUGGGGUGCCGUCAGCCUCGCCUGGGGUAACCUGGCGGCGGCGGUGGUGAGUGCUUUGGUAGCAACAUUCUUCAGGCCUUCCAGUCUCCCGUGGCUGCCCGGGUUUACCGAAAUCCGACGUGUACUGUCUUUCGGAGCCCGCAUCUCGCUCGCAUGGCUGGCGGAUACGGCCGCCAAGAGCGCCCCGGAUUUUUUCCUGGGUGCCUUGCAAAAUCUGACCGCUGCGGGUUACUACUCUCGCGCCAGCGGGUUGCUGUCUUUGUUCAAUCGGUUGGUGUCCGAUGUUGCAGGCGCAGUCGUCACUAGCGAUUUUGCUAAGCAGUCACGCGAGUCAAGGGACACGCGUGCUCCGUUCGUGCUGGCCUUGACCUACGUUUGCACGCUGUGCUGGGCUUUCGCGGGCUUCAUAUGUUUCAUGGCUGGGCCCGUCGUCCGGCUGCUCUACGGGGAGCAGUGGGCCGCAUCAACGCCAUUAGUGGGCUGGCUGGCAGGAGCGCUGGCCGUUGGUUCGCCGAUGUACUUGUGCCUAGCAGCACUCACCGGCCUGGGCGCCGCGACAUCCAUCCUGCGCGCCGGGCUGCUCAGUGCUGUGACCAUAAGCUGCCUGGCGCUGCUGGGUGCCUUUUUCAGCAUGCAGGGCGUUGCAGUCGGCAUCUUGGUGGCCAAUGUGUUCGGAGUUGCCGGACAUUUGACCAAGGGUUUCCCGUCCCGGUUCGGUGCCGAAGUGAACCAGUUGCAGUCGAUCAACAUGGACAUGUUCGGACGCCAAGUCAAUCCCUGCUGGAAUCGCUUCAGUGACGACCCGCAUAUCAGGGCGGCUUGCCACAUAGGCAUGGCGGAUAAGCCAGCUGAAUUUGUUUUGCUUGGUGACAGUCACGCCGGCGCAUUGCUUCGUGAAAUUGAUGACGCAGCUAAAACCAUUGGAGUGGCUGGUCUCAGUUACACCUUCCGGUCAUGUCCUCCAGUAAAAGGGAUCGAACUUGUCAAAUCCGGGGCGCUUGAUCAAAUUUGUUCAGGUAUUCGCAAAAGCUUUUUUGAGAACCUCGCAGUCGACAAUGUGGUGCCACAUACGCUGGUCGUUGCCGCUCGAUGGUCGUUGUUGCUGAGCGGCAAGUGGUUUGACAAUGGGGAGGGAGGUGUCGAGGAGGGCGAAGACUGGCUCUGGGACGUUGAUGCGCGAGGCGGCAAUUAUCCUGAAAAAAUGAAAAGCGUCAUGCUUGAUUCAAUUGAAAUCAUGCUUCGCAGUGGGCGCCGCGUUAUCUUGGUAUACCCAGUGCCAGAAAUGGGCUGGCAAGUGCCUUUUCAAUUGGCCAAGUCCUAUGCCAUCGCCAACGGAUUGUCGCCUGAAAGUGGUUCCACCUCUUACCGCCGGUAUUUGGAGCGUAAUCGGAUGGCUAUCGAGGCUCUAGACGGCUUGGGGGAGCGCUCCAAUUUGAUAAGGAUUCGGCCAGACAGGGUGCUUUGUGACUCUUUUGUGAAGGACCGUUGCGUAGCCCAUCUGGAAGAUCAUCCACUGUAUUUCGAUGAUGACCAUUUGUCCAACGCUGGCGCAAGGAUGGUGGUUGCCGAGAUCGUGAAGGUAAUGGCCCAUUGA